GACAACAAACUUGCCAAGCUGAGCAAGGCACUGGCUGAGGAGGAACUGGUCCAUAUCAGUGAGCUUGCAAGGGUUAGUGCUAAUGAGGCAACAGAGGAUGUUGAUAAUGAUGAGGGAUGGGUGAAUGAGAUAGAUGAGUUGACACUGGAAGAACAGAGGAACCUGGAGAGAAUGAUACAGCCAGUCAAGUUAGCAUUGAUGGGGGUAAGAUUGGCAUUCAAGAUUAUUCACUCAAGCACAGUUGUACUCCCCACCUGGCAGGGGACCCUCAAAGAACUCAGGGAGCCUAUCACCUUGAUGCCUAGAGAUGUCCAUAGUCAUUGGAAUUAA